AUGUACUUCCCAGCCCACAACGGCAAACCCCCUCCCCCUUCCCCCCCUCCUACCAACCACCUUGAUCCCACCGCCCCCGUCGUGGAAAUCCUCACCACAAUCACCACCCCCUCCCCCCACAACAACCGCCAGCAAGCAAUGAUGAUGAACCUCCACCGCCCGCCAUCCUACCCCUACCGAACCCCCGACAUGGAAGACGAAGACAACGACCUCCCCCCCCCGGACCUUAUCCCCUCCAUGAUGGGCGACCUCCCUAACAAUGCUUUUGGUUUUGGUAAGAAGAAAGAAAUGGUAAUCCACUCCCCUUACCUCCGGUCUGCGCUUUCGGCUGUGGUGCAAUACUACCCCGGUUUUGAGGUCAUCCAACGGGGGACCGUGCUGAGGAUAGCGGAGCCUUACCAGGUGCUUGUGCAUCACUGGGGUGAGUUGGAGGAAUAUAAAACAUCUCAGCCGGACUGCCAUGACGGGAGGUAUGCAGCCACUACGGCGGCACAUAUUGAUGUCCUCCUCACCUUCCUCGCCGAUCUCUACGGCCCCGGCUUAAAUGACGAGAAAAAACGCUGGGCAAAAGGCCGGACGACAUACAGCCGCUUCUGGUGCCUCCUCAAGCCGGGGAGUGUGGUGUACCGCGAGAAGGAUGGGGAGUGGACGGGGUGUGUGGUUUCUGGGAUUAACUUUCUACGAGCGGCUGGUUCGGUGGAAGGGGUGGGGAGUGAUGGGAUGUUGGUUUACAUGUGGGGGAUUGCCUACAAGAAGGGGCUGAUGAGACGGGAGAUGAUACAGAGGAUUAAUUUGGCCUUGGGGUGGGGAGAGGGAUAUCACUUCCUUACCUGUGGUGCCUGA